CGGAAGUGACCUACCGGAAUCACAACAAUGGCCGCCAGCGGUUUUAGGAUUUUUCUUCCCGUGCUUUUGUAAAGCAUUUCACGCGUAUUAUUGUCCGCCUGUGUGUUACAACGUGGCGGAGAUGGAUAGACGCCCCCUCAACGAUUCGUUUAAAAAGUAAGCCAGCUCCCGAGCGGGCCAAAAUGAGCGACGUAGUGGAGAAAACCCUGACAGCUCUGCCGAGCCUGCUGUCUUUCGACUCUCAACCGGGCGCUGCCAAACUAUCUUCCACCUCCAAAUUGGCAAGCCUCAUCAGAGGAAUCACAGAGUUAACAUCCAAGCAUGAGGAAGAGAAGCUGAUUCAACAAGAACUGGUCGCAAUUAAAGAUCAAGUGUCGUCCCCUAACACAUCCAUGAGGCAGAUGAAGGAGCUCAUGGUGCGAGCCAUCUAUUGUGAAAUGUUGGGCUAUGAGGCUUCCUUCUGUUACAUUCAUGCCAUAAAGCUGGCUCAACAAGGAACCGCGUUGGACAAGAGAGUUGGUUACCUCGCCGUGGCCUUGUUUCUUCAUGAAAGUCACGAGCUCCUCCUCCUCCUUGUAAAUACCGUCUUAAAGGAUCUCCAGAGCACAAACCUCAUUGAAGUGUGCAUGGCCCUCACUAUCGUUAGCCAGUUGUUCCCCAAAGAUAUGAUACCUGCGAUCCUCCCUCUAGUGGAAGAGAAGCUCACUCACCCGAAAGAAAUCAUUCGACGAAAAGCAGUCCUGGCACUGUACAAAUUUUACCUAAUUGCACCCAAUCAAGUUCAGCACAUCCACAACAAGUUUCGCAAAGCUUUGUGUGACAAGGAUCCGGGUGUUAUGACGGCCUCACUGCACAUCUAUUUACAGAUGAUCAAAGAGAAUCCAGAAGGUUACAAGGACUUGACAGGCAGUUUUGUCACUAUUUUGAAACAAGUGGUGGGUGGAAAACUGCCAAUGGAUUACAACUAUCAUAGUGUUCCUUCUCCUUGGCUUCAAAUCCAGCUACUCAGGAUUCUGUCCUUGCUUGGGAAAGAUGACCAAAGCUCAAGUGAGAUUAUGUACGAAGUCCUUGACGAGUCCUUACGACGAGCCGAGAUGAACCACAACAUCACUUAUGCAAUAUUGUACGAGUGUGUGAAAUGUAUUUACACAAUUCAUCCUAAGGAUGAGCUCCUGGAAAAAGCUGCAAAAUGUAUUGGUAACUUUAUUCUGUCACCAAAGAUUAACCUGAAAUAUAUAGGCUUGAAAGCGCUCACCUACGUGGUCCAGCAGGAUCCUAAACUGGCCCUGCAGCAUCAGAUGACCAUCAUUGAAUGCCUUGAUCAUCCCGACCUCAUCAUCAAGCGUGAGACACUGGAGUUGCUCUUUAGGAUCACAAACGGCAAGAAUGUCACUGUAAUUGUGGAGAAAUUGCUGGACUUUCUGCGCACCAGUAAAGAUGACUACACGACCAUUGACCUGAUGGGGAAGGUGGCAGAAGUGGCUGAAAAAUAUGCACCUGACAACAAGUGGUUCAUUGCCACAAUGAACACUGUCUUCUCACUGGGUGGAGACUUGAUGCAGCCCGACAUCCCCAACAACUUCCUCAAACUGAUCUCAGAAGGGUUUGAUGACGGGGAACAAGACAGGAUGUUGAGGCUUUUUGCAGUGGAUUCCUAUGUGUCUCUGCUACAGGGAGAGCCUGAGAAGCUGCCUCAGCGUUUCCUCCAGGUCAUCAGCUGGGUCCUUGGAGAAUAUUCUCAUUUGAGAGAAGAUCUGGAACCUGCCACUGUUGUGAGACUUCUGGCCCAUGUUUUGGACUUGAAGCAGGCCAGCAGUGAAACGAAGAGCUGGGUCCUCUUGGCAAUGACGAAGCUCUGUGAGGGCGAGGCGGCCAUGUCUGUGCUUCAGGGAGUUUCCGAAACAUAUAGCAGCUCCAUGGACACAGUGCUGAGGCAAAGGGCUCAGGAACUGCAGAACCUCCACUUGAAUCCUGAGUUGUGGGCCAGGGUGCUCCCUCGAGAUGCCUUCACGGAGCCUCUGGAGGUUGAUUCAUCUUUGUCAUUUUUGGAUGGGUAUGUGUCCGAAGCGCUGGCUGCUGGUGCCGCUCCUUAUAAGUCUCCACACCAACGUCAGGAAGAGCUCGCUCAGGCAAAAGCUGUCAGCAUGGAGCCCUACGGCCUGUCGCUACCUAUCAGCAUGUCCUUGAGCAGUUUAGAUGGCAGACAGUCUCCCACCUUGCUCUCAAUGAGCUCUGGUCUGUCAGGUGACAGUACCGACCACUCACACAAAGCGGGUACGACAACUCUAAAGCUGGAUAAAGUGAAGCGAGUGUGGGGGAGGGAGGGCUACCUGGCCCAGAGGGAAUCUGCCGUGGUUGAAGUGCCCAGUCCCGUCCAUUCAGCCGACCAGAUCGAGGAAGUCGGCAUCUCACAGGAUCCUACCCCACCGCCAGUCGCGGAUCAAGAAAAACAGCAGCUGGCGUCUUCAUUGUUUGUCGGCUUGGGCUCCCAAACAUCUUCGUCCUUGAUGGGAAAGUCUGAGCCAAAACAUCAGAGGUUGAGGAAAAAGGCUAAAGAUCCGGUCUCAUCCUCAGAGAUCAGCAAGCAGACAUCCAACUCUAUCUUUCCUCCUCCCAUCAGCGUCGAUAACCUGCUGUGUAACUCCAACAUGGACCCGAAGAAGUCCUUACCCUCAUGUACGCAGAUGACUGAAAGUUCUCAGGGCUCCGCGGCAGCUAAUGGUACCUGCGCCGCAGAGGGCGAGUUCACAGAGGGCGACGUGCAGGGACCUGAACCCAGUCUCUUCAGGGACAACCGUUUAACCAUUGCUGGAUCUUGUGAGACGGAAGAACCAGUGGGAAUGAAAGACUUGUGUCUCACCUCUUACCUCCCUGCUGACUGCAUCGGAGCGAACCACUCCGAAUUCACUCCUCUGUGUUCCAGCCACGGCGUGCAUCUCUCCGCCUGCCAUGUACACAAAGACGACACUUUGGUGCUGCUUGUUUUUAUUUCCAACUCCUCCAACUCUGAUGUACAUCAGUUCAUUGUGCAGGUGGACUCAGGAGAUGUUGAGGUGUCCUGUCUCUCUGAAAGUCCAGUGGAAGAGUUGAGGUGCCACCACGUCGAAGUGUGUCAGUACUCCUUGACUGCCAAGAGGCCUUCAGUUCAUCUUGAAGUAUCCGGCCUGGUUUCUUUCAACAUGCCUGACAGAACUCCUCAGACAACCCACUUCUCUUACAAACUGCCGCUUCCCUCCUUCAUCAGGCCUUUGGAGUUGUCCACGGAGGAGUACGGCACCAUGUGGCUGGCCUUCUCGCACGAUACAAAGCAGAACCUGACGCUCGUAGCAGACGUCCAGGAUUCUUUGAGAGCGACGUUGGAUGUGCUGGAGAGGAAACUUCACCUUCAUGUGGUGGCCAUCAUAGGAAUGGAAGGAAUUGUAGCUUGUCGGCUCCUCCCUGACCAGCCAUGUUUGAUGCACUGCCGGGUGCAUGGUGGCACCUUGGCCGUAUGGUUGCGCUCUCCGGUUCCAGACCUGCCCGACUGCCUGCUUUAUCACUGUCAGAGAGCAUUACAGGAAGUUUGAACCAUUGACACCACUGAGCUGCAUCAGCUCUGCACCACAGAACAACUGCAAGAGGUAG